AUGCCUGCCUUUCCUCUUACCUACCCUGAAAAUGUUCUCGAACCCCUCCCUUAUCGACAGCAUCUAAUGCGCUCAGCCGCACGAAUUCUACGCAUCACCCUCCGAUCGGCCAGCUUGGUUGGUUGGCUUGGCUUGACUCUAGCGCCAGCUUUCGUGCGACUCGCACUACUUGUCUACGCAGGCCCCAACUCGGUGGCCUCCUCGAAGCAGGCCUCCAGUUUGCUAAGCAUCUAUGCCGGAUACACACUCCUCCUUGCCUGGAAUGGACCCACUGAGGCCUUCCUGAAUGCCGCUAUGUCGCAGGUGAGUUAA